AUGACGACACCUGCACAGAUUGUCUAUGAUAUACAUGGUACAUAUGCUAGUUCCCAGACAAGCCCCAGAGACACAGCAGUGCUUAUCAAGGCCCCUGUCAGUCCGUGUCCUAUCGGCGAGAUGAGUGGUCCCAUUUUUUCAGCGUUUUUUCUGCUUUCCGUUGCCAGCGGCGCAUUUGCUUCAGUAUGUACCAGUAGUUACCAUGGUCAUUGUGCCAGCCUGUACCAGGGCUGUACUUCAGGCCAGAGUUAUACACUGAACUUCUGUGGAUUCCUGGAGAUGUGCUGUAUCCCGUCCUCUCAUGGUUCUUCUAGUGGCGGAAGUAGCGGCGGUUCUGGUGGAAGCUCCUCCGGGACGUCUCUCGGACUUAAUAUCGCCCAAUGUGGAACCAGUAAUAUCGGAUCUACUCACACUAACAAGAUUGUGGGCGGGCACGUUGCCACCAAGGGAGAAUUCCCUUGGCAGGUAUCUCUGAGAUACUCUAACCAGCACCUGUGUGGUGGAACCCUGAUCGACUCACAAUGGGUGGUCACUGCUGCUCACUGUUUCGAAGAUACAAACCACCAUGGCUGGUCAGUCGGAGUCGGUAUACAUGAUCAACAUCACGUGUACUCGUCCAGUAUACACCACGUGUCCAAUGUCAUUGUCCACUCCGGGUACAACUCCAACAAUAACCAUAACGACAUUGCCAUGAUGAAGUUGUCUUCACCCGUCAAUCUCUCUGGCGAUUACGCAAGAGCGGCAUGUUUGCCAAACAGCAAUGAAGACUUUGACUCUAACACGUGCACGGUUACUGGUUGGGGCGCCACCUACUAUGAUGAGCACGGCCGUGCUCCAUUGACCCGGUUUCUUGAGAAGGUUGACAUCCCCAUCCUAACAAACAGUCAAUGUGAAUACUACCUUGGACGACACGCAAUCUACUCCGGCAAUAUCUGCGCAGGCUUCAGCGCGGGUGGCAAGGACGCUUGUCAGGGUGACUCUGGUGGACCUUUGGUAUGUAAACAUAACGGAGUAUACAAGCUAGCUGGCGUGGUAUCCUGGGGAUACGGCUGUGGUGACGCCGGGACACCUGGUGUCUAUACACGAGUAUCAUCCUUCCUGUCGUGGAUACAACAAGUCAAAAACUCCCAUUAAAACCUUCAUACUGCCGUCUACUGUAUUAAAACUAUCAUAUAUUAUAGAUUGUUGUUUUGAUAUCAAAUAAACGAUACAAUGUAUUAAG